UUUGAAGAUGAGUUAGAGGGGUCCUGGCCCCCCGUGCUUCAUGAGCCAGCAGGAUGCGGCAUCGGUGCGUGCACUCUCCGAGCGUCUUCUGGUAGCUGCGCACAAGGGUCAGGUCGAAAAUGUGGUGCAGCUAAUCAACAAGGGCGCCAAAGUAGCCAUCACCAAGUAUGGUCGGACUCCGCUGCAUUUGGCUGCCUAUAAAGACCACAUCGAGGUGGUGAAAAUUCUUUUGAAGGCCGGCUGUGACCUGGACAUUCAGGAUGAUGGUGAUCAGACAGCGUUACACCGAGCGGCUGUGGUGGGAAAUAGUGAUGUCAUUUCUGCUCUUAUUCAGGAAGGAUGUGCACUGGACAGACAAGACAAGGAUGGGAACACAGCGCUGCAUGAAGUUGCAUGGCACGGUUUCAGCCAGUCUGUCAAACUGCUGGUGAAAGCCGGCGCCAACGUUCACGCUAAAAACAAGGCAGGGAACACAGCUCUACAUUUGGCAUGUCAGAACGGUCAUGCUCAAAGCAGUAAGGUUCUGCUGCUGGGAGGAGCUCGUCCCGACAUUAAAAACAACGUAGGUGACACGUGCCUGCACGUCUCUGCCCGUUACAACCAUGUGGGUGUGAUUCGAAUUCUUCUGGGUGCUUUCUGUUCAGUAGCUGAGAGGAAUCAGACGGGAGAUACUGCGCUGCAUGUGGCAGCGGUCCUGAAUCAUAAGAAGACGGUGCGCCUGCUGCUCGAGUCUGGGGCCGACAGUAGCAUUCAGAACAACGAGGGACAGACAGCACUGGACCAGGCUAGAGAGCACAACAACCCUGAAAUAGCUGUACUGCUAACCAAAGCACCACAGAUUCAGAGCUUCUCCCGUGGUAGGAGUGUGAGAAAGAGGAGGGACAAGAUGAAAGCUGAAGGAAGAGCACAAUCAGUUCCAAGGGAUGAUAUGCUGCCAAGAAAGGGUAGUAUGUCUGCAGCAGAAGAAACACCCAGCAGUGAUCGUUCUGCACAGAGACAUAGGAACAGAAGAAAUGAUUCACCAAAUGGCAAAGAGACACAGCACAGAAAGAGCCGUGACAGGAACAGAGUCAAAGAAAAGCCAUCCCUAUCAGACCCAGUAUCCAGCCAUGACAUAAAAUAUAAAGAUCAGCGGAAGAGAAGCAGAUCAAGAGCGUCUCCUUCAAGGGCAGUUCCUCCUCCACACAGCUACAAGGCCUACCAGCUCUACACUCUUUACAGGGAUAAAGAUGGCAAAAUCAUGCAGGCCCCUCUGGAUGGCUGUAGGUGUGAUCCUCUAAUCAACAAACUGGAGAACCAGCUGGAAGCCACCAAGGAGGUGAUGAAGUCUGAAAUUCAUACAGUUCAGGAACUUAUGAACAGCAAGCUGGGGCAGUUAGACCGCAAGAACAAAUGUCAGUUCAAAGCUCUUGAUAAGAUGAUGUUAGAGAGAGUAUCUGCAGAAAGGAUGGAGUGUUCACAUCACAUCGACCAGCGAGCCAAAAUGGAACGUCUGGAGGGUGAAAAGAAACAGGCCUCAAUGAUGAAUGAUCUGAAGAGCUGGUGCAUGUCCAAACUCCACUGGAUGGAGGCUCGUCUGGCAGCAGAUGCCCAGCGUGCACCUCUUCGCCGCGCUACCUCCAUGAAUGACUGUAUGGUUCUAAGGGGUCACACAGAUGGCCGGACAGCAACCAGUGCCCAAUGCCUAGGGUCCACCAACUCAACUGAACGUGGAGAGGAAGGAGAAAGAGUUGCUGCUGGAGAAGAGGACAGGGUGGAAAAUCACUACUUUGUGGUUAAGGUGGACCGCUCUCCAGAUGGCAAAGAGAUCGUCCAAGAGACUUGCUUCCCUGUCACUCAUGACAAGUCUUCACCGUCCUCUCCUCCUGCGGUUCGACCUAAAGAGCGUCUGCUAGUCUCCCCUGACUCCCACAAGGCUGAAACAGAACUGCGAGAGACUAGAAUUUUGGACAUCCACUCACCAGGCACUGAGUGCCACCCCACUGACCAAAAGGAUCAAAAACAUGACUUGGAGCAUGAGCGGAUGAAGAGUUAUAAAAGCAGGCACCAUAAAAGGCACUCUGAAAGGAAGACCAAGGAACAAGAAGGGGCUAAGAUCCAGGAGGUGUUUAAAGAGCAGGAGCGGGCCAACACGCACGCGCUGGAGAUCACACAGUGCUUCUUCGAGGCCGUGUCCACACAGAUGGAGCACUGGUAUGAGCGUAAGGUGCAGGAGGCGAGCUGGCAGGCCGACCAGCGGGCACGGCUUGAGCGUGCCACCCUGAUGGAGAGGAUCAACUGCCUGGAAGAUGAAUUACGGCUGCUGAAGACCAGCAAACAUGAGCAGAGCUAACAUACAGCACAGUGGCUUGGUUAGAUGAAGGGAUUUGUUAAAUGGAUGAACAGAACCAUAGCCACUAUGUUAUACUUCUUAUCCAUGAAGGCUUUUCAUUUUAAAAGGGCUAGUAGUAGCAAGUCAAGCUGACGUUCAACACCCUUUACAACUUUUCAAACCCAAUUUCCUUCUGCUACCUGCAUUGCAUAACAGCUACCAAGCUGGAAGUGUGAGGGCUUUACAUUAGGGUUGGAAAAUAUAAAGAUAUACUCUAAAAUAUAUACACAUCAAGUAAAUAAGUAAGCUUAUGUUCAGCAAGUGGAAGCUGAGUAAAUUUUUUUUUUAUUCAGACAGAACUGGGUAAAAUUACUCAAGUAAAAUACUGUUACAUUGGAAAAUACUCAAAUAAGACCUUAAACUAAAAUCAAUGUAAAUAACUUAAAGAUAAACAAAACCACUGUAUUAAAAUUUGUGCCAGGUGCCUUGUAGCAAAACUUUAGAGCAACCUACAGUAUUUAUUUUCCCAUUCUAUGAACACCUAAAUGGAAUAACUUACUCAAGAUCAUCAUUUUUAUCCAGGUAAAUAAAAAAGACAAAGGGGUCCCAACCGUACAGCCAUUUUUAGAGCUUUAGCAGUUUUUCUACUUGGUUCUUCAAUAAGUUGUGAAACUUCUUCAUGAUUAGAACAUCAGUUGAGUUGCCUUGAUUUACGACACAUAGACUUUUCAUGUUGUAUUUAAGGGCAGAGACGUCUUUAAAGUUAUGAUAAGGGUAUUGACCUUAUUAAAGUAUUGUUUACAUUAUUCAAAGUCAUACACUGGCAGUCAGUGACACUUUUUUUUACUAGUGUAGUGGUUUCUAGGAAUAAUAAGCUAUGGUGUAUAAGCUGUUAAAGGAAAGACAAGAUUGAUGGUUGAUUUACCCUAAAAUCAGGGAUUGGAGAAGAAACUAGGCAUGUUUUGGAUAAACUAAUAGACUGUAAGAUGGUGCCCAUGUUUAAUUAGGUUUUAUACCAGUUUCUGCUGCCAACAAGUCAUAAUAUACUGACCUGUUUAAACUAGAGGUGCACCAAUUAAUUUUUUUAAUUUUAAUGGCUGAGGUCAAUUUUUAUA